CAAACUCAAACUCAAAAUCAGCCGCAGCGAAAGCAAUGCCCGCAGGAUGCGUAUUUCGAGAGAGUCAAAAUUCAAAAUGAGAGCAUGCAAAAGGCGCAGGAUCAUAAGCAUCAUCAUAGCGAUAAGAAGGUGAACGUGCAUUUGGAGAAUGGGAAGGUGCAUCAGCGCAUACACAAGCUGAUGCAGCUACAGCAGCAGAUGGAUGAUACAGAGCCGACACCGUUUACCCCACAGAAGCUACGAAAUUAUCAGUUUGGCCAGUCGAGGCACCGUCGAUCGGGUGUGCAUAACUUUGAUGAUAUGCGUCCACCGCGGGCGUCCACAUACACACAUCCCGUAUAUGGUGCUCGGGUCAAGCAAGUGGCAUCGGAUACCCAGGCCUAUACACCAGCGCACAAGGACUCGGACAAUGGUGAUAUAUUUGCCAAAUCGAGAGCCCAAGCCAUCAUGAUGCGCCAGAGUAAAUCGGAGCAAUUCCCAUCGAAACGAACCGCCCGACCGAUUGGCGGAGAGUCUGCCAUGUACAGGCUAUGCAAGGGACUAUUGCUACGUAAUGUUAUCUCCAAAUAUUGACGGACGGACGGACCUUUGGCAGCCGCAUCCUUGACCGAGUCGAU